AUGUCUUCAUCUGGGAUAUAUUCUGGAGAGAAAGAUGCACUCCGUAGGGUGGGUAAAUCCUCUACUAAGAAUGAUACCGUUGACUCUAUCAAUUCUUUAAAUGAAAAUGCUGCUCCUGAUUUUGAUAAAUUGAAAAGGACUCAAUAUGACGAAACAAAGGAAUUCAUUCUGUCUUUAAAGUUUUUGGAAUCUUUCUUAGCACCAAUCCUUUUCACCAUCUUAUCAUUCAGCGUUAGAUUAUACAAAAUUGGAAUCAAUGAACACGUUGUUUGGGAUGAAGCACAUUUUGGAAAAUUUGGUUCAUACUACUUGAGACAUGAAUUCUAUCAUGAUGUGCACCCACCUUUAGGUAAAAUGUUGAUUGGUUUAUCUGGUUACUUAGCCGGCUACAAUGGUUCAUGGGAUUUCCCAUCUGGUGAAAUGUACCCUGACUACAUUGAUUUUACGAAAAUGAGAAUCUUCAAUGCUACUUUUUCAGCUUUGUGCGUUCCUUUGGCUUAUUUUACCUUCAAGCAGAUUGGUUUCACUAUUGCAUCAACGUGGUUAUUUACAUUGAUGGUUUGCUUGGAACUUUCUUAUGUUACUUUAGGAAAAUUCAUUUUGUUAGACUCAAUGUUACUUUUCUUCACAGUCGCCACGGUUUUCUGUUUUACGAGGUUUCACAACUUUAACUCGGACCCAAAUACAAAAAACUUCAGCAGAAAAUGGUGGAAAUGGUUAUUAUUGACUGGUUUUGCGAUUGGAUGUACAUGUUCUGUUAAAAUGGUUGGUUUAUUCGUUACUACAUUAGUUGGUAUUUAUACCAUCACUGACUUAUGGAAUAAGUUCGGAGAUAAAACUAUCACUUGGAGGAAGUAUUCUUAUCACUGGAUUGCAAGAGUAAUUGGUCUUAUCAUAGUUCCGAUCAUUAUCUUUUUAAUUAGUUUUAAAGUUCAUUUUGAUUUAUUGUAUAAAUCUGGUACAGGUGAUGCUAAUAUGUCCUCAUUGUUUCAGGCCAACUUACUUGGUUCUGAUGUUGUUGGUGGUGCAAGAGAAAUUUCAAUUGGCCACUCCGUUGUUACAUUAAAGAAUCAAGGUUUGACUGGUGGUUUAUUGCAUUCACAUAUUCAAACCUUCCCAGAAGGUUCAAAGCAACAACAGGUAACUACAUACACUCACAAAGAUACGAAUAACAACUGGGUGUUUCAAAGAGCAAGAGGCAUGGAACCAUAUGAUACUGAAAAGUCUCAAGAUAUCGAUUAUGUUCUUGACGGUAUGGUUGUAAGAUUAGUUCAUCCAAUGACUGGUCGUAAUUUGCAUACCCAUAAUAUCCCAGCUCCAAUCAGCAAGUCGGAAUGGGAAGUUGCAGGUUACGGUAACUUGACACUUGGUGAUUACAAGGAUAAUUGGGUUGUUGAAAUCAUGGAACAAAAUGGUGAAGAAGACAAAUUGAGACUUCAUCCAUUAACCUCUUCAUUUAGAUUAAGGAACACUGAAUUAGAUUGUUACUUAGGUGUAUCUGGUAAUAAUUUACCUGCUUGGGGUUUCAGACAAGGUGAAGUUGCCUGUUAUCAAAAUCCUUUUAAGAAAGAUAAGAGAACUUGGUGGAAUAUUGAAAACAAUGCCAAUAAGUUGUUACCUCCUAGUCCUCCUGAUUUCAAAUUACCAAAAACCAGAUUCCUUAAGGAUUUCAUUCAAUUGAAUUUGGCAAUGAUGGCAACCAAUAAUGCUUUAGUUCCUGACCAUGACAAGCAAGAUGAUUUGGCUUCAUCUGCUUGGCAAUGGCCAACGUUACACACAGGUAUUAGAAUGUGUUCAUGGGCUGAUGAUAAAAUCAAAUACUUCUUAAUUGGUUCUCCUGCUACUACCUGGCCUUCCUCUAUUGGUGUGAUUCUCUUUGCUUUUAUUGUAUUAUUCUACUUGAUCAGAUGGCAAAGACAAUACAAUGACUUCCCAGAUCAACAAAAAUUGAAAUUGUUCACUAUGGGUGGUAUUUAUCCAAUGUUUGGAUGGGGCUUACAUUUUAUGCCAUUUAUUAUUAUGGGUAGAGUUACUUAUGUUCAUCAUUACGUUCCAGCCCUUUACUUCGCAAUGAUGAUUUUCUGCUAUGAGUUAGAAUUAUUCACCUUACCAUUAAGAAAUUCUUCAUCUGCGAUCCUGAAAUUGGCAUAUGCAUUAAUUUUUGCCGCAUGGUAUGCUAUAGUUAUUGGAACCUUCUGGUACUGGAGACAUGUUUCUUUCGGUAUAGAAGGUCCUAAGGAAGACUGGACCCAUUUGGAUUUAUUACCAUCUUGGAGAAUUGCAAAUGAUAACUAUUAG